UGUAAACAAAACGACGUGCUAGCUUUUCUCCAUUGAAAUCUUUGAUCGUUUGCCGAUUGGCAACGAUUAAUUUAGCGUUUCUCGUUGGCAACUUGGCAGGGUUGGCAGGUCAAAAUUAUUAUGAUUCGAGUGACUUCAAGUUUAUCAAAGUCUGUGUAUUAGUAAUUUAAAAUGCCAUCGCAAGAUAAAGUACAGAAAAAGCUCCAACUGCUCCUCACCAAGUUUAUGGUCCAGGAUCAUCAAGUGAUUGAUGACACUUGUUUGGAAAAGCUUUUAACUCAACUUUCAAAAGAGGAGUGUGGCUCUCAGCUUUUGCAACUUCAGGAGUGUCAAGGAUUUGGGGAAUGUGCUUUGCAGGCGUUUGAAAAAGGCGUGGUUGGAGAAUCGGUGCUCUCCUUUGCUCUGCGGCUGCAUAGUCUGGUGAUCAAGGACGAGAAAACCUUUUCAAUACCAGCUCUUCAGGAGUCGACAAAAAAUAUUGCUUGUGCCCCACGAUGGAUGGUUACCAACAAUGCCUCGCUUCAGUUUUCCUUUGUCCAAAUGGUCUCUGCCCUGCUCUACCACAACACAGGUGUCGAGUGGCUAAAAAACUCAGGUGUCUGGAAGACGGUGAAAAAAUUGUUUGAAAAUAACAGCAGCAUUUACGUGGCUCGGGAAUGUCAAAAGUUCCUCGUCUCGAUGGUUUUGAAGACAUUUGAGGUGGAAAUGGAAUUUUCAAAACAAAUCCUCCAAGGUCCUUUGGACACUUUGAGCAGCAAUAAAACGGAUCUCACCUCAUCUGCUAACCUCUUGAUCAAUGUUCUCGAAGAGGCGCUGAAAGAGAACAAGAGCAGGGAUAUUAGUGAAAUUAUCCGGCCUCAGCUUUCGAAGAUUUGCAGUGACUAUUUAGGUGUUUCAAAUACAGAGAGCAGUGUCCUUGUGAAAAUCGCAAAUCUCGACUUGCUACUGCAGUUCUGUGCUGUGGAAACAAGUGUGGCUUCAGUUAGCACGUUGGAGGAAAGUUCACUAAUGCUCAUCAGCAAGCUGGUCUCAUUAAAAGACAUUACAGCAGUGCAAACCAUCACAGGACAGUGCCAAAUUUAUUGGAAAUUUCUCAAACCAAGGAUUGAACACCUUCUGGGAAAGUGCAAUUAUGACGUACAAAUUGUUUACAUUCAGAUCCUGCCUAUCAUGAAAAAUAAAAAUGAUGACAUCAAUAUGCAAGACGCUGUAAAGAAUUUCCUGGAAAAGUUGUGUUGUUGCACAUCAGCUUUAACACAAGAGGUUGGAUGCUGUUUCCGAAAGCUGUGUUUUAACCAGAGUACACACCAGAAAAUUGCCUGCAGAAGUAUUCAGUCUUUGAUGCAGCUCAAAGAGGUUUUGGACAGGAGUACCUCUGUGUACAUAUUCAGAGCACUGAUGUGCAUUGUAGUCCAGUUGGUGUCCUGCGACAGCGCCGAAAUUGUAGAGAUCCAAGACUCUGGAUUGAUGAGGACCACCCUAGAGGCUCUAAUCAAAAUGAUGGACCAUUUCCAUUUUACAUGGACAGAAAGUUUUGAGACGGUUGAAAUUCUCACACACAUGCAGGACUUGCUUUGCAUUUCUGCUCUGAAAGACAGGCAGGUGUCGCCCAUUUUGCAAAUCAUGCGGAGGGCAGUCGAAGAUUUCCUUCCGCCCAACCUGGCCCUGCUGACUAACACGCUGGAAGGCUCAACCUUGCAAAAUUUAGGCCCUCAGCUAUACAAGUGCAUGCACAGCAUAAGCUGGGAGGUUCGUGACAGCGCACUCGAAGUUGUCACCGUCAUAGCCAAAAUCUCUGUUGACAAAUUUCCAGCCUUUCAAGAACACUUGGUGCAGCAUAAUUUGGCCAGUUUAGCUGUAGCUAUGGCUUUAGGUGAUGAGGACAGUUACGUUCGGAACUCUGCUCUCAAGUGUAUCACGACAAUGGUGGCUGUUCCCUAUUAUUGGGAAAGGUGUCUAAAGGACCAAAAACUGUUGGGCCUGAUGAUGAAAAUUUUGUGCCAAGAGACGGAAGGGGUUGUUCGAUAUCCUGCUACCUCCCUUGCCAAUGCCAUGCUGCUGAACGACCGCUUGAAGGCAGAGGAGAAGGAGCAACUUUAUUCAGUGAUGGCUGCAGCUGCGGUUGGUGACCUGCACUGGGAGGUCAAAGUAGGCACUUUGCAGUUUUGGGAAACGUCAAUCAACCAGCAGUUGAUGACACAAGGCAUGAUUGACGGCCAUUUCCCGGAAGUGACUUUCAGCAGCUCUUCAAGGCGCAUCAUCACCUUGAAUGAGCGGGAGAUUCGUAACCGUUUGCAGCACGUUCUGAAUGAACUGGCACGGAUCAAAUGCUUGGCUGUGCUUAUGUCAACGCUGUACGACCCUGACCUGCAUGUUGUGAAAAAAUCAGCGGAAAUCACAAAACAGUUGCUCAAGCAUUUGGACGAGCAUGGCUUGCUGAUCAAAGAAAACAGCAUUGGGGAGUUGGCUGCUGCUGAUUUAGGAGAAAUUGAGGACGAUAUUCUGGAUACCAUUCUGCAAGACUUGGACACCCCAAUGGAAAAUUCUAAGAGUGUCAUUGAUGGAAUUGUGGAUGCUUCAGACCUAUCCUUGCUCUCAUCUGUUUGCAGAACGCAACUCAGCCUUUCAGAAAAUGAGCCUGUGCCCUGUGCUCCGCCGCCUGUGUCUAUGGUAGCGGCGGACGAGUUUUUAAAAGCAGCCGCCACCAUGGAUGUGGACCAGAUCAUAGCAUCUAAAGAAGACUGGCUGCAUCACACUCAAGACCACCUAGAGAGCCUUUUGACAGACAUGCUUGAAGCUCGAGAGUUUACACACAACACAAAUGACAUGGACUGUUAUUGAGAAUUUUUUGUUAUUUUAAGUUACAAACAAUUUGGCUUCAGAAUUUUGGUGAUAAGUUUUUUUUCAGCAUGUGAUCUAAACAAUGUAGAUAACUCUUCCUAAUUUUAUUAUCUACUAUUCUAAUUGAUUGAAGAUAUCUUUUCUCAGCAACAAAAAGCUGUAAAGAUUAUAACCAAAUAAAAUUCUCUCUUUGUUAGAUUUAUAUACUCACUUU